AUGAAGCGCAUGCACUGGUCUCUUGUCCUCGUGUCCGCUCUGCUGAGAGGGGUAGCGGCGGAGCCGGCUUCCUCUGAAGACGGCGCGACCCGACCACUGGGCCACAUUGUGGUUCUAAAGAGAGGCCUAGAAGAGCAACAUCUGAAUGAUCAUCUUGAAUGGGUUAAAUCUAUCCACAAGCGAAGCAUAGAAGGCGACGGCAGCGAGAACAAAGUAAGCGAAGCAACGGGUGUUGAACAUGAGUAUCGCGGGACUUCUAUUGGAUUUCACGGCUACUCGGGCAGCUUCCCGCCCGACGUGCUCGAGAAUAUUAAACGACACGAGCAUGUUGACUUCGUAGAAGAGGAUCGCAUGAUUCAGGUCGGACCUACGAAACGGCAGGAGGUAGAAGAAGAUACGACACCUGGAGGACCUAAAGAUGACGGCAAGAAAAAACAGAAAAAGGGCCCGGGCCUGUUGUCUGUGGGACAAGGCUACAACACGUUUCUGGACAAGGGAAUGAUUCCUGACGCCGUCUUCAUUCCUGGCGAACAGAAGAGGGAUGUACCCGCGACCCUGGCUGAAGAGUUGGUUAACCAGACCACAACCAUGGCGUUCAACUUCACCGCGCCCAGCGCAAACUUGACCAGUGUAAACGUAGUGUCAUACUUUUCCCCGCCUGACCCAGAAGAGAUCAUGAAGGAUGUUCUUGCCGACUUGGAGAAUGAGCAAAACACGACUGCGCUCAACGUAAUCCAUACCCGAGCUACUACCGAUCUACAGGACUGCACGGGAAAGAUGGACACCUAUUACAAGAUCACAGAAAGCUUUGAUUCGUAUAUCAAGGCUCUGCACGUCAGCGGCGCUGCAACAGUAUCUGGUUGGGGUCAGAGUGCUUCCGUAUCCGGCAGUUACCUGAAUCAGGCAGAGCUCUCCAAAGAAGGCUUGACAUAUAUUGCCGUUAUCGAUAUUCAGAGACAAGUAGACUUGCCCGCUGUAUUUGAGUUCAAUAAGAACCGGUACAAGGCGGCCUCGUUUGCUCGGGACUUUGGUGACAAAUGGAUUCACGGUUUCCACACCGGUGGCAAGAUGAUUGCUCGGCUAUCAUUCAACUCGAAAGGAUCUAUCAGCAAGCAGGACCUGAAAGUACAUGCCGAGGCUUCAUUGAAGUUCUGGGGAGUGACUGGCGAUAUCAGCGCAUCAGUCAAGAAGAGCAUGGAAGAUGUGAGCAAGCACGCUGAUGUAGAGAUAUCGCUAUUCUACCAGGGAGAUUUGGGCCGGGUUAUGGGCGAGUCGGGGUCCCCCGACAAAGUUGCAGCAGCCUCUGUGGAGGGAUCGUUUAAGCAGGUCAAGACGUGGGCGGACCAGUUCAUUAACAACGCCUGCCGACACAACUACGCGUACCGGCCCCUUCUCGACGACUACACAAACACUGUCAACUUUCCUGCGGGUCAAAAGCUUCUUGACUACCACAUCGCGCACAUUGUUUCGUACAAGAUUCUGAAGGAGCUUGUGCGAAUUUCCGAAAUGACGCAGUAUCUGCUACGCCUCGAAACGCUAGACGCCGAGUUCAAAGACGAAGUCGAGUUCGCUGAAAUCGAGAUGGUGGAACUAAGCAAGAACUGGGUUGACACUACUGCAGAGGAGCCAGGUAAUGCCGUGAAUACAGGAAAGGCCCUCAUCGAACACUUCAGAACCGAGUUCUUCAACAAGUAUAAGUCGGCUAUAGCUCAUGACUUUUAUAUAUCUGGUUUAGAAGUGGUAUACGGUAACAAGCCGCCGGCGAACCGGGUUAUCGAGGUCCACCAUCAACCCGAGGAUAUUAACCACAACUUUGGUGGAGAAUUUGUCUGGCUUAUUCCAUUGUACACUACACGUCGCGACGAAGCAUGCACCUCCUUCACCGUCAUCAUUGGCUCGUCAGUAUCCGGGCUCAAGGAUCUGUCAAAGGGCGCAGGAGGCGAAAACCGCUACCUCAAGUGCGAGAAGAAAAUGUCAGACGAAAAGAUCCGGCGUUUGGCGCUCCAUCGGGGAAGCGAGAGCCUUGACGAUUUCCUCUCCGACACCCGUCACGGCUUUGUGGGCAAAACAACCAAUAUCAACGAGGGUCGUGGGGGUUCAGACGAUGCAGUCUAUCUCUUGUGGGCACAUGAUGGCAAACGAGACCAAUCUUCGAAAAAGACCGACGACUACUAUGAACUUCCGGAGGCGCAAUAA